AUGGCUUCCCAAACCACUGGAAUCAUGCAAUUGUUGGCCGCCGAGAAGCGCGCGGCCGAGAAGAUCAACGAGGCUCGCAAACGCAAGGCCCAACGCCUGAAGCAGGCCAAGCAAGAGGCUCAGGCCGAGGUCGAAAAGUAUCGUCAGGUAGGGCUUUACCUAGUUUUUGGUUGCCACCUUAUAUUAGGCUGUUCAACUAAUUCUGUGCCCUUAAACUUCGGAAAUUUGCUUUGAGGGGAGCACAGAAUUAUUUGAACAUUCUAACAUGGCACUAUAAGCAUAUCUUGGAGAGCACAGAAUUAUUUGAACAAUCUAACAUGGCACUGUAAAUAUAUUAUAGUACUAUGAAAACAUAUUAGGGAGCACAGAAUUAUAUGAACAACCUAAUAUUUUGAUUUUUUUUUAAAAUUUGUUACCCAUUUACCAAAUUUUGCCCUUCAGGAACGCGAACGCCAAUUCAAAGAGUACGAACAACAAUACCUGGGCACAAAGGAGGACAUUGAAGCCGGCAUUCGUCGCGAGACCGAGACCACUCUGGAGCAAAUGAACCAGACCGUCGGCGGAAACAAACAACAAGUCAUCGUUCGUCUCCUUCAAUUGGUCUGCGACAUCCGCCCCGAACUCCACCACAAUCUUCAACUGCAGAAGAAGCUGGAGAGCAACUAA